AGAAACACAGAUGUCAAAGUCAAAGCAAAACAAUAACAGAAAAAUAAAAAAUGAGUAAAAGGAAUUGUUUGAAACCUCUUCGAAUGUGGAUUGAUGGUAAAUGCUAUAAUAUAAGGAGAUAUGAUAGGAAGAAGUAUAAGAGUUUGACGCAUAUUCCCCAUAAAGCUGAAGAUCAAAAAAUCCAGCGUUUUUCUGAAAAGAUUCAUCUUCCUUCGAUUUACUAUUCAAAAUUAGUGGGAUAUGAAAAUCCAGAAAUAAAUGCAGUACAAAGUGAAACUAAUACCAUCAUACGGUACCCUACAAAUGGUAAGGAUGGUUUUCUAGAAAUAUUAGGGGAGACUAUGGAAUCAAUUGACGAAGCUAAGGAGCAAAUGUAUUCUUUCAUUGCUGAUAUAAGGAAUCAAUUAUCUGCACUGCAGUUCAUUUCAAUUCCACUUUCAAGUCCUGAAAUCAAACAAAAUUUUGAAAAGUUUAAAGAAGAAAUAUUGGCAAAUAAUUAUCAAGGUGUAGAAGAAUCAAUAUUUCAGAGUGUUUUAAAAUUACAUUUAACCAUAGCUGUUUUCACCUUACUCGAUGAUAAAGAAAGGCAUGAGGCAUUAGAUGUGCUCAGAGAAGUUAAAAAUUCAUUUGAGAAGACAGAAGUUCCAUUGAAAAUAAGAGUUAAGGGCCUUAACUGUAUGAAUGCAAAUUACUCUAAAGUAAAUGUUUUGUAUGCAGAGGCUUCCUUAGCUGAAGAUUCCAAAUCUGAAGAAAGUUUACAAAAAAUAGCUGAUUCAAUAUUGAAUACAUUUUAUGAAAGGGGACUUUGCAGAGAAUAUUCAGAAAAUGUAAAGCUUCAUGUGACUCUUAUGAACACCAAGUACAGGAAAAAAGCAGUUGGUUCUCCAAGAAAAAAAUUGUUCAAGAGAGAAACGUUUGAUGCUACACAAAUAAUGGAACACUUCAAAGAUUAUUAUUUUGGAGUUGCUGCUUUUAAUACUAUACACUUAUCACUCAUGUCUAGUGUAGGUAAAGAUGGGUUUUAUGAGUCUUUAGGUACAGUACAAAUUUGAACAUUUUAUGAAAUUUCACAUAUUAAGAUGACCAUCUAAUUCUAAGAAAACACACCAUGUUUUGAAUUAGGCUGAUUUUCAAUAUAUAAUGACGAAAUUCAGGACAUUGAUUUGGCACUUUUUGACAUUGUAUAUGUUUUAAGAGAAACCUUUUUUGUUAACUUCUUUUUAUACUUAUGUACAAUAAUAAUAAUGAUUUACAUUUUUCUUAAUAAUCAAAAACAAAAUUAUCAAAAAAAAAAACAAUUUUAUAUAUUUAUUUAUUGUUGUCGCGUUACUGUUGGUCUUAAAUACAUGGAAUAUUUUAUUGUUUUAGGAAUAAAUAUUUUGAAACAUAUAUAAACUUAAGUGAGUUGACUGGCAUUCAAAGAAAUUUAUAGUCAUGGAAUUUUGAGAGUAGAUACAUAGUAGAUAAUCUACUCUUGAACAUGGUUACUUAAUUACUAGCAUUUUUAUUUUCAAAUCUCAUGUAUAUCCAAAAUUGUUUGGGAUAUUUAAAAUAUUUCCUACCAGUUUAUUUUGAAAAAGAUCCAGAAAAACUGAAGACUAUUUUUCUGUAGAAACGAUGUUCUGUGCUUGAAAGGUCCAGAUCACAGAACACUAAUAAAUCUUUGAUACACAA